AUGAGGCACAGAUUGCUUGCACCAAUUCCGUGUGGCUGGCCGGGGCAGGACUCUCUGUCUAGGCUGUUCGCCCGCUGCGGGCACGUUCAGUCUGUGGACGUCUGCGAGAAGCCGGAGCCGGGAGAGAAAAAAGAAAAACUCACGUCCAAAUUCUUCAACCGCAAAGCUGUAACGGGAUUUCAGGUAGCAUACGUGGUGUUCAGGAAACCAGCGGGUGUCCAGGCAGCCAAGGCCCUGUCGCAGGAAGGUCCCUUGCUGAUAUCAACAGAGAGUCACCCCGUGAAAACCGGUGUUAGCAAGUGGAUCGCCAACUAUGUGGCCUCAGUCGUGGAUCAAGAGGAGCUGAAGGCUGAGGUGGAUGCCUACAUGCAAGACUAUGACAAAAAGAUAGCAGAGGAAGAAGCCAAGGCGGCCAGGGAGGAGGGCGUUCCAGAUGAGGAGGGCUGGGUGAAGGUGACGCGGAAGGGACGGAAGCCUGGCCUGCCCCGGACAGAGGCUGCCAGCCUGCUUGGGCUGGAGAGAGAGAAGCAGAAGAGAGCCCGCAAAGAGCUGCUCAACUUCUAUGCCUGGCAGCAUCGCGAGACCAAGAGAGAGCACAUUGCCCAGUUGAGGAAGAAAUUUGAGGAGGACAAGCAGAGAAUCGCGCUGAUGCGAGCCCAGCGCAAAUUUCGGCCAUACUGA